GUCGGAGAAGGAGGGGCUGGAGAGCAGCGUGUUCCAGCUGCAGGCACAGCUGGCCCAGCUCCAGGCCCGGAACCAGCAGCUGGAGAGCGAGGGCCGGACGCUGCUCCAGGCCAAGGAGGCGCUGGAGGCCGAGCUGGGGGUGUCGCGGCAGGAGCGGGCGCAGGAGCUGCGGUGCCGGCGCCGGGCGGUGGCGGCGGCCGAGGCGGCGGCGGUGACGGUGACCCUGCGGAGCGCCCGCGACGCCCACCGGGACCAGCUGGAGCAGCUCCAGCGCCACAAGGAGGAGCUGGAGGCCGAGCGGGGCCGGCUGAUGCAGGAGCAGGACGAGCUGGUGGCCGAGCUGGCGGCACUGCGGCAGCAGCACCAGAGCGAGAAGCAGCAGGCCCUGGCCCUGCAGGAGGAGGAGAGGGCGGCCCUGGCAGAGACGCUGGCGGGGCUCCAGCGGAGCCUGGACGAGGCCACGGCCGAGCUGGAGCAGCAGCGGAGAGAGGUCACCACCCACCAGGAGAAGGAGCAG